AUGGAAUCGGUGUCGGGACAUACGAUUGUCGUGACAGGGGGGGCGUCUGGCAUCGGGCUGGCCCUAGCGAUUCGCUUUCUUCAAAGCGGGAAUACCGUCAUUCUUGUCGGCCGGCGCCUGUCAAAGCUCCAGGAAGCGAAAGCCGCCCAUCCGGGGUUUCACAUUGUCGUGGGCGAUCGUACCGUGGACCUCAAGCAAGGUGUGACGCCGGACUGGGACACGAUCUCGAGCGAAAUCAACAUCAACUACGCGGGGGUCGUCCACACGACCUUGCUGUGGACCCCGUUCUUGCUAAAGAAACCAUUUGCCGCGUUCGUGAACGUCACCAGCGGCCUUUCCUUCGCACCCCUGGCCUCUGUCCCCGUGUACUCGAGCACAAAGGCCGCGUUGCACUCGUUCACAUGGUCACUUCGAUACCAACUCGCCAACACGUCGAUCAAGGUCAUCGAAGUGAUUCCUCCUGCUGUCGACACGGAUCUUCAAGCGCCUGGCUUGCAUACAUUUGGCGUCAACGUGGAUGAAUUUGCCGACGCCGUUUACGCACGGUUGGGAGCAGGUGAAGUGGAAAUUGGGUUUGGGAUGGCCGAAGCGGCCCGACUUGCGUUCCGACAGUCCUUUGGCGAAGGUUUUGCGCAACUUAACGCCCGUUUCCAAACGUAG